ACUGUUUUUCUAUUUUCGUUACUUGUCUUUAUUUUCUUUUCGUUUGCUUCCCCUCCCCUCGAUCCAAACGUAGUGUGAGGUUCCAUUGUUUUGGGAGGUGUAUGCCUUGUACAACUGUAUAGUUGGCGUUGGGGGAAGUUGGUUACAGCCACAGCCCACAGCGUAAGUAGGUGUACGCAUUUUUCGUGUUUGGUGAGUGACCAAGUAAUAAAAAUGUAUGGUAAAGGAAGAAGGCAACAGUUGCAAGGGCGCAGCAAUGGAGCCUCUCUCUUUAGAUUUUCUUCUUCUUUUUCUUUCUAUAAAAGGCUUCGUUUCAUCCUUGUUCUUCUUGCUUUAGUCGCCCUUUUGCCUCCCGUUUUCUUCCACUUCAGGCUCCGCCGUUUCCAUCAGAUGCAAUUAAGGAGGUGCGGUUGGCUGAACAAUCCUCCUCUUGUGUGUGCUCAUGGUGGUGACUCAACUAAUGCCUUGCCAAACACAAUGUCUGCAUAUAAUUUUGCUCUUCGUUCUCAAGUAGACUGCAUUGAGAUUGAUGUCUCUCGCUCUUCGGAUGGAGUUUUGUUUGCACUUCAUGACAGGGAUUUGCAGCGUAUAUCUGGUAACAGUACUUCUAAAGUUGGGGACUUACGAUCAAACGAGAUAAAAGAACUAGAUGCCUCUCAUCAGUUUGGUGAUUCAAAGAUUCCUACAAUUGAAGAUGCUUUGAGGUUGAUAUCAAGAUCAGUUCGGCAGGUGAUUCUAGAUGCCAAGGUGGGGCCUCCAUCUUAUGAAAAGGGGCUUGCAAAGGAUAUUCUUUCCGUCGUUGAGAAAAUGCAGUGUAAGAAUUGCCUGAUUUGGGCUAAAAGUGACAGUUUAGCGAGGGACAUAAUCAAACUCUCAUCAGAUGUUAUGGUAGGCUACAUUGUAAUGGUGGACCCGAGUACUGGGGCUAGAACCAACUUGUUGAGAAUGAAAGGGGCCAGGGUGGUUGGUGUAUACCAUCCAUUGAUUGAUGAAAGACUUGUUAAAGUUCUGCAUGGGAGAGGGAAGAAGGCAUAUGCAUGGACAGUUGAUGAUGCUGAUUCCAUGAUGAGGAUGUUGCAUGAGCGCGCAGACGCUAUUGUUACUAGCAACCCCUCUUUACUGCAACGUAUUAUGCAGGAUAAAAGAACACAAUGUCUUGAAGAAGGUUUUUCUUUAACACGAUAACUGUUCUUUUGUUUUUAGUAUUUGAUAUACUCACUGUUUGGAUCAAGAUUUCAAAGAGAAAUGUUGAUAAUGCUUGAUUUGAUUUUAUUGAUUUCAACUUAACUGUUUUGACGGUCUAUAUUAUCUAUAGAUUUAUUAUUGACAUGAUAUAGUUGAAGUUAUAUAUGAAUAUAAUUUGUGGUUGAUCUAUGUAUGGACUUAAAUCAUGCCGUUCACCACCAAACUUGUAGCUUAAAGGUUUUGGGACCCAAGGAUUAAGCUCAUUAUCAUUUGUAUUAUUUUCUACCAAAUGGACAAAUUUUAAUAAAAUUUCAAUU